AAAUAGUCAAGUCAUUAGAAUUAACUUAUUUCUCUCCUUCCGCAUCAACCGCGAACGACCUCAGUGAUUCCUAAAGCAAUCCACCGCACUGACCAGGAUAAUUAUAAUGAUUCCCCUCGAAUAACAAGAAGUCAAAGCAAUAGAGAUGGCCGGCCAAGAAAUGGAACACGCGCUUAUGCCACGCAAGUACCGCUCGAAAAGACAGCGACCCUGUGACCUCUGCCGGAGUCGUAAGUCCGUUUGCAGAAUCCUAGCUGAUAAUAGUGUUUGCGAGCUAUGCAAGAAGAAACGGAAAGAAUGUACAUUUUUUUCUCAGCCGCUCAAGAAGGGACGACUACCUAUCUCGACAGAUUGUGGUGUGUCGGAUCAGAGACAGGCAGAUAGUACCUUAGAUGUCUCACAGUGCCAGACAGGUGACGCCACUUGGAUGCAUGACAGCCUUGUUUUCAAUGAAGACAUGUUUGUUGCGUCUGCCCCUUCGACCCAAAUUCCCCCAUUCAACCCUGGCCUGUCUAGUAACAUGAGUUGGCCUUUUAUGGCGUCGGGGAAUGUGUUCAUCGAGAAGGAUGAUUAUAUUGGAAGCCAGCCUGCUACUAUGGGGGACUCUCAAGGUCGACCGGGUACUGCUUCUUCGGCAAUAGAACUGGAGCAAAUCCAUUCAAGAACCGACUCUCCGGCGAUUAGAAGUCAGAUGUCAGAUAUCAGAGGUUCCCCAUCACCCAUUACGCAUGGUGGAAAUGCGAUGGACUGGCCUGAAGAAUUCUCGUUGGAGACUAGACCGGGAUACUCAUCGCAAUUGAUUGGAUUAUCGAGCGAGACUGAUCCAUUCCUUCUGCGCAAUUUUCAUUAUGAUGCUUUCGACAAUUACACAAUGCGUAGACUUAUUUAUCGCAAAAUGACCGGCGACAUGGACUUGCACAAAGGUCGGACAUGUGCUUUGACUACUACGACUCUACAAGGGGACACGGCACCGAUUAAUUUCCAGGUAUUCAACGAGAGUAUAUGUGAAGAGAACAUCAGGUCUAUAGACCAAGAUUUCUUCGUCCACAACUCGGAAGACGACGACUGGGAUUUGUUGAAAAAGAUUAUUCCGAAAGACUUGGGCACUCGAUUAGUGAAUCUAUUCUUUCGAUUCAUCCAACCAUCCUAUCCAGUCUUCUCAGCCCGAAAGUACGAUCAAUUAUGCUCCGGCGAUGGACGCGACCUUCCUGUUGGUAUUAUGGCUGCAACGUAUGCUCUAGCCAUUCACUUUGACUUCCUGGAUGACCGGCUGUGUGUCGAUGCGGCGUAUAUGCAGCCAGAAACUAAUAAGCUCUGGGGCAUUGCCUAUCGAAGCCUGCAACGUCUGUUUCAGAAACCGCGCCUCUGGCUGGUGCAGUUGUGUCUGUUACUAUUGCAGCGACCUCCGGAGAACUUCGCAGUCGGGGACUCGCCGGGUUUGUGGGCGCUCUCAUGCUCUGGGUUAGCGGCUGCAGAAAGCUUGGGUUUGAAUUUAGAUCCAUCUAACUGGCGACUUCCCAGAUGGGAGAUUCAGCUACGGAAGAGGUUAUGGUGGAUAAUUUACAUCGACCAUACAUGGCGUGCCUUAGUUCUCGGUCGUCCAUCCCAUGUCCAUGCCGAAGGUUGGUUUGUUCGCAUGGUCGAAUUGAAUGACCUGGAAGUCAAUGAAUAUAAAGAUGUAGAGGUCCAGUACCGCAUUCGUAGUCGAAGUUCAUACUUCCUAGCCAUGUGCGACCUGGGAUUAAUUGCCAAUGACAUCCUGGAUACCUUUUACACCGUCAAGUUCAUAUACAAGCCAAAAGCUUUCGAGGAAAUUAUCUCUCUCGCGCAGCCACUCCGGAAACGGCUCAAUGAUUGGCAACAACGCUAUUUUUUUGACCAAAAUGCUAGUCUCGACAGUGUGGAACUUCAUCAAUGGGCCCCAUUACGAGUUGCACGCAUGACCUUGGAGGUCCUUAUUCUUCGAGCCAUCCUUCGACCACCUGUCCCUGACCACGACAGUGGCGAUUCUCAGUCAACCUCUGCACUGCUCGAAGGUGGCCAAGCUUGUGCUAAACUGGCGGUAGAGCUAGUUUCCGGUUUGAUGUCGAAGGAUUUUAUCGACUUCUGGCCUUCAUACGCUCGUUAUCAGUUUGCCUAUAUAUCCACGUUCAUUCUCCUUCUCUUUGUACAGUCAAAAUCGAUGAAAAUAGCCGUGGAGAACAAACAGUUUCUAGAGAGAUGGAAGCAGAUACUGCGCACACAAGCGCGAGCGUGGCCAGUGCUGAAACUUGCUGCGAUACGACUCGAUGCAAUUUAUUUUGCUGGUUUGGAAAAGGUUGUUGGUGGUACAAAGAUGGAUGUUCCUGCUCAUAUUCUCUUAGACUUGCAAGCUCAUAACAAUGACGUUGAGUUAGGAGAAAUUUUUAUUAUGUAGGCCAUGGUCUUAUAUGCCACUUAUACACUCUUUACAUAAAAUAAGAUUUUACGUCGGCUUUCAGC